AUCAUCAUAACUACCCUUCUGUGUUUAUAUCUAUUUUAGUACUCUCACGUUCAAGGACUGAGCAAACAUCCGCUGCCUAAAACCUUAAGCUUAUACCGCUGAGCUAUUUCCUGGUAUUUGGAGUUGUGGCUCUGUGUUUGGUAUAUUGUGAUGUGAAAAAGAAAAAAUUAAAGAGUUUCAAAGGUAGGGAGGAUUAUUUAUUUGGGCCUUGGUCAAAAAAGAUUUAGGAAGAUAUGACUAAAAUCAUGUAUUUCCACUCUGAGCUGACCGGUUCUUUCUAACAUCCAGCUUCAGAGAAUCCCUGUUUCAUGACCAGCUGGAGACCUUUGUUGAAUUGUCAUUCCUCAUCUACUUUCUGCAAUAAUAAAGACAUAAAAUGCUCCCUAAAAAUGAUAAACACACACUUUUAAUAUAAGUUUUGAGUAUUAUUAUUCUCUGCACACCCACACAGUCCUGAAAAGACGACUUAUCAAGCAAAUUAAGUCGAGACACCUGAGACCAAGGCUUUAAUGAGUACAGGUGGUGAGAUGUGGGUCUGCUGUCAUCUUGUGGUGCAUGUCAACAUUGCAACUAGCGAGUGACAUUUGGAGAAGUUGGAGGUAGCUCAUUUAGAGCAGUGUUGGACCAAGCAGGAGCUUCAUCGCUGACCUGAAGAAGGAGACGACAGGGACAUUUGGGAGGAGAAGAGGAGACAGAAGGAACCAUGGGUGUGCAAAAGGAAGAUGUGGAAACGUUCCUCAAAGGGAACCCUGCGUUUGCGCAACAAUACUUUGCCAAGAAGAUGAGCCCAGACUUCAUAUCGAAGGUGUCAGGACUCCCAGAGAAACAGGUUGACUUCAGCCAGCUUCAGGAGCUAAGUCAGGUUGAAGAAAGCCGAAUCAUGUAUGACCUGAUCAAAGACAUGCAGGAAAACAUCAACGUGGAAAAGGUGGUCUUUAAGAUCCUGAAGAGAAUCACUGCUCUCAUCCACGCUGACCGGUGCAGCUUGUUCAUGUACCGGCAGCGGAACGGCAUUGGAGAGCUCGCCACAAGGCUCUUCAACGUUACCACGGACUCCGAGUUAGACGAUUGUGUGGUGCCACCAGACUCUGAGAUCGUCUAUCCACUGGACAUGGGAAUAGUCGGACACGUGGCUCUGACCAAGAAGACUGUUAAUGUUAAAGAUGUCAAAGAGAACCAGUACUUCAGCUCAUUCGUCGACGAACUCACAGAGUACGAGACCAAGAGCAUUCUGGCUACGCCCAUCCUCAACGGCAAAGACCUGGUGGCCGUCAUUAUGGCUCUCAACAAGACCACAGCAACACAUUUCACUCCCGAAGAUGAAGAUCUCUUUUUAAAGUAUCUGAAAAUUGCCAGUCUGAACUUGAAGAUCUACCAGUUGAGUUACCUCCACAGCUGUGAGACACGUAAAGGACAGCUGCUGCUGUGGUCUGCCAACAAGGUAUUUGAAGAGCUGACAGACAUUGAGCGACAGUUUCACAAAGCCUUGUAUACAGUGCGAGCCUACCUCAACUGUGACCGCUACUCUGUUGGUUUACUAGACAUGACGAAGGAAAAGGAGUUCUUUGACAUCUGGCCAGUGUUGAUGGGAGAGCAGGCACCUUACUCUGGUCCUGUAACCCCAGAUGGAAGAGAGAUCAUUUUUUACAAAGUGAUUGAUUAUAUAUUACACGGGAAGGAAGACAUCAAAGUAAUACCCAAUCCAGCCCCAGAUCAUUGGGCCUUGAGUAGCGGCCUGCCCACUUAUGUUGCUGAGAGCGGUUUUAUUUGUAACAUCAUGAAUGCAGCAGCUGAUGAGAUGUUCCAGUUUCAGACUGAGCCGCUCGACAGCAGUGGUUGGACCAUAAAAAAUGUUCUCUCGCUGCCAAUCGUCAACAAAAAAGAAGAGAUAGUCGGUGUGGCCACUUUCUACAACAGAAAAGAUGGAAAGCCUUUUGAUGAUCAGGAUGAGCAGCUCAUGGAGGCUUUGACCCAGUUCCUGGGCUGGUCAGUCUUGAACCCGGACACUUAUGACAAGAUGAACAAGCUUGAGAAUCGAAAGGACAUUGCCCAAGACAUGGUGCUCUACCAUGUUAAAUGUCGGGAUGAUGAAAUUCAAAAUAUCCUGAACACCAGAGAGCGCUUCGGCUGUGAACCAAGAGAGUGUGAAGAGGAGGAGCUCCUAGAGAUCCUGAAAAAAGACCUACCUCCACUGAUUAAGAAGUUUGAGAUCUACGAGUUCCACUUUUCAGAUUUUAACUGCACAGAGAUGGACCUGGUGAGGUGUGGGAUCCAGAUGUACUACGAGGUCGGGGUGGUCAAGAAGUUUCAGGUCCCUCAAGAGGUGCUGGUUCGUUUCAUGUACUCAGUCAGUAAGGGCUACAGGAGAAUCACCUACCACAACUGGCGUCAUGGCUUCAACGUGGGACAGACCAUGUUUACUCUCUUAACGACGGGAGUACUGAAGCGAUACUACACUGACUUGGAGGUGAUGGCCAUGAUAACUGCAGGCUUCCUCCAUGAUAUUGAUCACAGAGGGACCAACAACUUGUACCAGGUCAAGUCAGGUAACCCUCUGGCCAAACUGCACGGCUCCUCCAUCCUGGAACGACACCAUCUAGAGUUUGGAAAGUUCCUGUUGUCUGACGAGUCACUGAAUAUCUACCAGAACCUUAACAGGCGACAGGUAGACCAUGUGAUUCAUCUCAUGGACAUCGCAAUCAUCGCCACUGACCUGGCUCUUUAUUUCAAGAAGAGGACCAUGUUCCAGAAGAUUGUGGACCUUUCACACACAUAUGAGGAAGAAAAGAAGUGGGUUGACUUCAUGUCUCUAGAAACAACCAGAAAAGAGAUCGUCAUGGCAAUGAUGAUGACUGCAUGUGACUUGUCAGCUAUCACCAAGCCUUGGGAGGUACAGAGCAAGGUUGCCUUGUCUGUGGCAGCAGAGUUUUGGGAGCAGGGUGACCUGGAAAGGACAGUACUGGAGCAAAACCCCAUUCCCAUGAUGGACAGGACCAAAGCAGCGGAGCUUCCCAAGCUACAGUGUGGUUUCAUUGACUUCGUCUGCACGUUUGUCUACAAGGAGUUCUCUCGCUUCCACCCGCAAAUCACACCCAUGCUAGACGGCAUCUUGAACAACAGGUAUGAGUGGAAUGCUAAAAAGGAAGAGUACGAGGCUAAACUCAAGGCUAUAGAGGAAGAGAAGGCCGCAAAAGAGGCAGCCACAGGCAGUAAAGCUCCUGCAAACAAUCCCAGUGGUGGAGGCUCAGGCUCCAAGACCUGCUCAGUGUGCUAAAACAUCUCAGAGCUGUGCACAUGAUGUGAGUGCACACAGACAGUACGUGACAGACUGACUUUGUCUCACCUACCGAGGAAAAAAAUGCAAUAAAGUCAGGAAGACGGAUACAAGAGUGUAAGCAGAGCCCCGUAGUAUUUCUUCAGUAAAAACUGGUGCCGAUCAGAAAGGAAAAACUGAAACAAAGAAAGAAUCCUCACCGAACAAAGCAAUGUUUUUAUCAUUAUGGGACACGACAGGGCAGGACACCACCACGCCUUGGGAAAACAUCACUAAGGAACAAUAGAAACAGCCAGUCAUGGCUACUUUUACUUCAGGUUACAUUGACGGAAAGCUGCCCAUCCCUGUCUUAAAAUUAUUUGUAUUUACAUAUGAAUAUAGAGUCAAGGUGAUUUUUGCAUUUCAGGUUUCUCUCAUCCUCAUAACUGUCUCCUUAUCUCUUGAGGAUUCAUGUUAGUUACAGUGGGUGUAUGUGUGGACAUAUAUGUGUGUGUAUAUACUGUAUGUGGUUCCUUGUUGUGAGUCAUGUUUCUCAAAUGUACAGAUGACCACAACCUUUUAUAUUUUUUUUUUCCCGGUCUCUUAAACGUAGAUAUUUAAUACAGCGAGCAUCACAGGAUACAACCUGUAAAUACAUCUGUGUAGUAAAUAAUACAAAUGUUCAUUAUACAUAAGAGUGAACAUGCAGUUUUGUUUUCAAACAGGCAACAAGUAAUUAUUUUUAUCUGAAGAUGGUACAAAAAGUUUGGAGUUCUAUUUUGUCAUAUAUUGUGAAAUAUUGUAAAAUUUGUUUUAGGCUUCACAGAACAGUUAGAUUGAAAUGUCAUAUCAUCCUUUAUUAGUGAACUACUGUACAUUAUAUUCCAUAAGGUUUAUGUAAUGUUCACUCCUUCCAGUCAUUUACUAUUUACAAAUGAGAGUCUGUUUACUUUUACUGCAGAGAGCCAAAGGUAGAUGUUCAGUGCUGCUGAAGUACAGUUACUUCUCAUACAUAUCAAUGCAACGCAAUAGAGAUUUAAGUUUACUGCCAGCAAACAAGCGUUUAGAUGCUUAUUCAUGAUGCCUUUAUACUGUACAUAUGUGUGAGAGUAGCCUAGAAUAUAUUUUACAAAUAUAAUAUUACAAAUGUCUUAUUAAGUAAGAACAAGUUGACAUUCAGUUCUUAUCUGUAAAAUUGGGUGGUUCCAGAUAAGACUGAUUCAUUCAGGUUAUUCUAUUGUUUAAAUCUGACUUAACUGUCAUUAUUAUGAGCUGAAUGAUUGGACUUCACCAUAAGCUUAAUUCAAAUUUUUAAGCUUACUGUAAUAGCAGCAGUACUAAAAAACUUUCUCAAAGCUGCAAAAAAAACCCCAGAAAAUAAGUUGUACAUUAAUGUCCAUGCGGAAAUGAACCUCUGCGGUGGACCCAUCAUGUGUUUUGAUGUCAGAGGGAACUGAAACACCUCAGGAAACAUAUGAAGAACAUGCAAACUGCACAAAAAAAAGAAAGGACUGUCGUGCUGUGAGGCAGCGGUGUUAACCACUGAGCCUCUAAUAACAAUCCCUGAAGAUGGGCCUUGAAGGCGACAAGGGAACAAAGCUGUUUGAGACAGCCCAAAGGAGCAACUGAGCUUCUUGUAAUGACUUGUACAGAUUCCAUCCCUGUAAAUAUAAAAAAAAAUAUUUUUCUAG